UGUUCGGCCGACCGUUCGUAUUUAGAACGAACACUUAUCCGUCUUAUACAAGCCACGUGAAGUGACGCGUUUUUUUUAAUCUCUUCUGACGGCAAUUACUUUAAACGACAAUUACUGGAUUACGAGCAAAUUAUUUCUUGUAAAAGUGAUUAAUUGUUUCAACGACAUUUUACAAUGCUCGUUCUGCAGUAUCUUUUUGAACAAAUCACCAAAUUAUUGGCGCUUAGAGAUACGCGAUUACAACACCUGCCAUUUACGUCGGUUGAAAGUCUCAUUACAGUAGUGACGUUGUAUUUAUUCUUCGUGUUAAAAUGGGGACCAAAUUUCAUGGAAAAACGAAAACCAUACAAUCUCAAACAAAUGUUACUCUUUUAUAAUGGUUUUCAAGUGUUUUGCAAUUUCUCUCUUUUUACCUAUGUCAUUUACAGCAUCAAUGUUUUGGGUUACAGUAUUAAUUUUUACUGUGAAGAAUUAGACUUUUCGGACAGCUGGAUUGGGGUGCAAUCAGCGAUAUUCUCUUAUUACUAUUAUUUGAUAAAAUUGCUCGAUUUAUUCGAUACGGUGUUCUUUGUAUUGCGGAAACGAACUCGACAAAUCUCAUUUUUGCAUGUAUAUCAUCAUGUGGCCGUCCUUACCGGUGCUUUUAUUGCCAUUACGUGGGCACCAGGUGGACAUCCAUGGUUGUUUGGUCUUUUAAAUUCUUUCGUCCAUAUCAUAAUGUAUGCCUACUACCUUGGUACCGUAUACAGUGACACAUUAAAAACGAAUAUUUUCAUAAAACGUUCCAUCACCCAAAUGCAAAUCAUUCAAUUUGUAUUUGCAAUAACCCACUUGAGUUUGCCGUUUUUCAUUCAAAGUUGUAACUAUCCGCGACCAUUGUUGGUCAUCGCCAUUUCACAAAAUGCAAUCAUGCUACUGCUAUUUUCGGACUUCUACUACAAAACCUACAUAAAAUCAAAAUUACCAAAAGUUAAGUCAAGCUAAAGAAUUUCAAACAUACAAAUAAAAAAAAUCCCUUGAAAAAAAAUCCGCAAAUUAGAGACUAAGAAAGCUAAUUUAAGUGUAUCGAUUUGAUAUAUUAUGAAGAAUUACUUCUUUUUGUAAAGAAUCUGAAUGUAGGAAUCCAUAUGCAUAAUAAAUCUGUGUAUUUAUAUAAAACGUUCGAAUUGCGGGUCCAGAAAAAAAAACGUUCUUUCUUUUCUUUCGAGAUUUUCCAUUGAUGAUAACAAUAAUGAGCCACUUAAUGUCGACCGCCAAGAGGGAAAUUAUUUAAUUCGAUUUAAUUAAAGGGAAGUUAAGUCUUUAUCACGUCGAGAAAAUCUACAUAUAUCAGACGCCUCAUUCAAUGUCGGAUUGAGACGAGAAACAGUGGAGUGAAAUCAAAAGUGGCCGCGAUUUUUUUUAGACUACAACCGAAAUUAAUGGAGUUUAAUUGAAUUAAAGAUUCAUUGAACAACCACAUCUUGUGGAUUAUCUUGAUUGUAUUGUUUCGAAAAAUCUCACCAUUUCGACAUCAAAUGAACCAAAAUAAUGGCUUUGACAAUGAAAAUGACUCGUGACAAAGAACAUGCAGAAUGUGCUGUGCGAACGAAGAAUGUGAAAUUCGGAUUCUUUUGAGAAAUCCGUUGAAAGGAAGUUUUUCUUCACAAAGAGGAAGCACUUUGAUCUUUUGAUUAGGUCACAGUCAACAAGAACGUCUUGAAUAGUUAAAAAAAUACAAAUUGAUGGAGCAUUUCAUGUGGAACGUUUAAUUUAUUUCAGAUUUAUUUAAGUAUUAGCGAUUUAAUCGAAUUUUGUAAACACAAUGAAAUUUGACCCCAUGAAACUUGUGGAAGUCGAAGUAAGUAUAAAUUAACUUAAAGUUUAGUGCAAAAUAGUUUGAAGAAGGUAGU